CCCCGGCUGAAAAGCAAGCAGUCAGGCAGGUGGACGCCAUGCUGCAGUUCGUGCUUGGUUUUACUCUUGGCAAUGUGGUUGGGAUGUAUCUGGCUCAGAAUUACGAUAUUCCUAACAUUGCAAAGAAGCUCGAAGAUUUUAAGAAAGAUGUGGAAGCUAAGAAGAAACCUCCCAGUGACAAGUCCUAAGGGAGCAGUGUACCCAGGUCACUUCUGUGCAUGCAUCAAGGAUGCAACUUACCUUUCUAUUGACAAAGAUCAAGUAGAGGUUUGGCAUGGGAGGUUCCUCCACUUUUAGUCUCCAAGAGCCAGAAUGUCCUUGUUUUGAAAAAGCAACCAUGAACUUUUCCUGGGACUGAGUAUCAAGGGUUUCAGAAUUUUGGAUUUGCAACUGAUAAUGUGACUGGAUAAGAUCAUUUGUAUUUUUUGUUAUUGCUUUUCCUGGUAUUUUGUAACCCAUUUUUACCUGAUCCAACUGGAAAAUAGUGUUAGUCCUAUUAUUAUGUAUACCUCACACUUUGUAAUACUCUAGAUCCUAGAACAUUGCAGAAGAAAUUAAAUGCAUCAAGAAGUAA